AUGGGGGACCUGGUCUUUCUUAAGGUCUCUCCAUGGAAGAAGAUUCUGAGGUUUGGUUGUAAGGGCAAGCUGAGCCCUAGGUUUAUUAGGCCGUAUCAGAUUCUGAAAUGGGUGGGACCUAUCGCUUAUCAGUUGGAGCUACCUCCAGAGUUAGACCGUAUCCACGAUGUGUUCCACAUCUCGAUGUUGAGGCAUUAUCGCUCUAAUCCUUCUUACAUUGUCCCUAUGGAGGAGAUUGAGGUUAGGCCAGACUUGACUUUUAAGGAGGAGCCGGUUCAGAUUCUAGAUCGCAAUGUAAAGGUUCUGCGGAAGAAGUCCAUUCCUUAUCACAGCACUGAGGAAGCUACGUGGGAACUUGAGGAUUCAAUGUGUCAGCAGUAUCCUCUUCUGUUCUGA